GGAAACGGUUGGUUCGAGCGUGUGGAACAUCGCGAAGGUCCGUGAAGACAUCGAGACAACUAUGGCCGCGCGUAAAAACAUUUGGGAUUUCAAUCUGGAGUCGAAACCUAAGCCAAAGAAGUACAACUUCGAACUCUGUCGCUUGAAUUCAAGUAAGGUCAAGUUUAAAAGCUGUGACAUUGGUCAGCACUUGAGUUUGUUUUCGCUGAAUUUAUGCUUAAUGCGAAUAUCUUUCACAGCAUGUCAAUUACGAGUUCGCCUUUAAAGAACUUAACUUUUAACUUAACUGAACUUUUUCUUUACAUCCUAUUCUGCCAUUAUUCGACAAUAAGUAAGUCAUUUAACUUCUUUAAUCUGCUUUGAUAUAAGAUGAUGCGAUGGUGAAUCAUCAGCGAUCAAGCUGCAUUCUGCUGCGAUGCAUGACAUUGCGCCCAACUAAUCAGUGACCUCAGUAUAGAAAUACAUCAUCAGGCUUCUAAAAAUGUAUAAGCUUACUCUAGAUUUACUUUAGAAUUCCCUAUAACCAAAGAAGAAGUUUGAGUAAGUCACAAGUCUUUCAGGGUAAACUGUUGAAUUCAGUCAACCUUUCCGUGCGCGUGUGUAUUGUAAGAAGUACAUGGGGGACACGAAAUGACAGCCAGUCAACUGUUAAAAAUUUUCUGUCUUUCCUCAGUGUCGCUGUUGCGUCUUCAAAAAUAAAAUCAAGACAGAUUUUGGUUGUGUGCUGUGAUUGUGGGCAGGAUGCAUGCGUAACAGAUGAUUCAGCAAUUUCCUGUGGUUUUUUAAUCCUUAUCAUAACUACGCUGAGGCUUGCUAGCUAAUGAAUUUGUUUUGUUUAAGCAAGUAUAUCAAUAGAUUUUAUUCCGAUAUUUACUAACCGCAGUAAUCAUGAAUCAGUUGUCAACGAAAAAGCUGGAUUCGUAAUGUGUUUUUGUCAUUGUUAAUAACUUGUUUGAUUUUCAACCAGGAAAAAAUAUAAAAAGAAAGCCAAUAUUCAUAAGAUCAGCCAACAAAGAAACAAUGAAUGAGAUUUAUUCAGUUUUGUCUGUGCACUUUUCUAUCGAUUUCUCUUGAGAAAUCUCUUCCAUUUGUAGCUGUAGGUAGCUUUCACUGGGAAAGACAGGAAAAUGCACGUGGUAGAUUUUUAUAGAACGCGUGAGCGAAAUCUUGAGGAAAGCGAUCGCGAUUCCAGCGAAUUGUAAAUUUCCCGGGGCCAUAACAAACAUCACGUGACUUUGUAGCACUUUUGCGCAUGUUUCGAAAGCGUCUUAUUUUUGCAGACACUUAAGCUGAUCUGGUUAAUAUUGUACUUAGAUAUCAAGGAGAACAAGAAAUCUAAUUUUGUAUGCCCUCUUUAAUUAUUUUUUUCCAGUUGGAGAACAGAGUUCGGAAGGGAUGCCACAGAACGCAGACGAACAAAAUUUGCUUGUUGUUUUCGGCGCCUCUGUAAGUAACAACUUUGACAGUAUCUCACGCGAUUUACUAGUGAUGAUUAGUACUUUUACUGACUUUUGAAAUCUUGUGAAGUAUUUCGCUAAACUGUUAUGACAACAUCGAGACACAAAUUCAGUGUCUUGCUCUCCCCUUAGCUACUUAUUACCUGCUUUUAUGAAGCUCUGUUCAGCCGAGCAAACAUUGUUUGCACGGAAGAACUGUUCACGUUCAUGAACAAGUUAGCAGACAGAAGGAUUGUUAAGUUUUCAGUUUCCAUUUAUUCUGAAGAACAUUAACAUCACUCGUAUAUCUCUUAAAGGUUUCAAUAUGAAAUAAAUUUCCCUUUUGCGUUUUCAUUAUUUUGUAUUUGCUUACAAUAAUAUUUGCUGAAAUUGUUUGACUUGUACAAUAUUUGCGUGCAACUGUAGUUACCUGCAGUAGCUGCAAUCCUUUAUUAAGUACUUGUCCACUAACUUUUUAACUUUGGUUUUGCAGGGAGAUCUUGCAAAGAAAAAGAUUUAUCCAACUUUAUGGUAUGUUAAGUUAUGCAUUAAUUAAGUUGUUGCAAAAUUGUUGCAAGAAAGUCAAUUUAUGAAGAAAAGAACUUGUUUGAAGUACAAGGCUUUGUGUUGUAACACAACGCUUGUGCAUAACAGCUGAAAAUGCCUACUAUACUAAGGAUAGUAUGACUAAAUUGUAAUUUGGUGUACCUAAAAAAAUUUUUUGUUGAUAAUCUGAUUUUAAUUCUUAAAUGAAAAUAAUUUUCAUAUAUAUAUCAAUAUUGGUAAAUAAAUUCUUAAAAAAAGUGGGAAGAGGAGUUUGUAUAAACAUGCAAAAGUGGAUGGCAGUCUAAGUUUCUUCACAAUAAAUUGACUUAUGUUCAAAUGGCAGUGAAUUGUAGUGCAUGAUAAAAUAUUAGUCACAUUUAAGGUUUCUGAUCUGUUGGGUGUUAAAGAGUUUUGGUUUCAUUAAGAGCCAUCCUGACUUUGGUCAUCUAAUGUACAUAUAUUAACCCUUUAAACCCUAUGAUCAAAAUCUGAAUUCUCAUUUGUUGCCCCCUUUCAUUUCCUACAGAAGUAGUGGGGAGAAGUUGAUAGAAUAUCAAGCAAAUUUGUCUUGUGUGUUCAUGCCCCUAAUUCUCAUGACCACUCUGUUUAACAAAGCAAUUGAUAUUACAAGGAGAAAUUUGAUGCUGAUCUCUCUCAGGGCUUAAACGGUUGAUAAUGUUUAAAGCAUCUGCAUGCGCAUCUCAGGCCCGGUUCAGACGCCGCUCCACUCAUGUGCCGAACCUUACUGAGUUUGGUUCGACUUUGGAGCGACAUUGGCGCAACAUCUGAUUCAGACGGCGCACCGUGUGUCGAACCUAAUCUUUAUUUCAUGUAGGGAGAAAGAAGGGACUUAUGGGAAGAUUUAUAAAUUAUCAUAAUGUAUGCAUUCGAUUCGGCACAUGAGAAAAACGCCGUAUGAAUCACCUGCCGCCCCAAUGUCAAAUAAUGGGACAGACCCUGUCGAACUUAACGUUUUUGCCCACCAAAUUAAGACUGCCGUACCAAACUGAUUCAGACGCUGCUCUUUUGCCGUACUUAAUACUUCAGUUAGGUUGGGCACAUGAGUGGAGCGGUGUCUGAACCGGGCCUCAGUGACUUUUUAGUGCAAAAAGAUCUGAUGAGUCUGUCAUGCACAUAUUUCCUUUUUUUUGUUAUUUAUUUUCUUUCAUUCUUUCUUUCCUUUUUUAUUCACCUGCAGGUACUUGUACAAAGAUGACCUUAUACCUAAAGGCACCAAGUUUAUUGGAUAUGCCCGGUCAGAUUUGACAGUUGCAAAGCUAAGAGCUAAGACAGAGCCUUUUAUGAAGGUACACCAAUGAUGCUGAGUUUGAUGCCCUUAUAGAAGUUUUUAGUAUCUUGAAAAUAAUAGUGUGUUGAUAUUUUACGGGAAGCUUGAGGUGUUUUUGUUAAAAGUAAAAACAAUGUGUGAUAAGAUAAGUCCACUUAAGGGUAUAUAUAUUUCAGUCUUUUUGAAUCAUCUAGCAUAGCAGUACAGCCAUUUCUUCUCUCAGCAUGCAACGAAAAUAGUGUCCGAUAGCCCACGCCUAUUCAAUUUUGCUAUCGGGCUAGUGAAUUCUGUUUUUAACUUCCCUGACAAGCAAGUGAUGGUUUUUGAGGAAUUCGAAUAACAGAAGAACUGUGAAAUCAGUUCUGCUGGACAAAAAGUCAAAAAGGUUUUGGGGUUAGUUGAAACAAUGUCUUGGCUAGUAAAUGCUAGCUUCAGCUUACCCGAAUGGCAAGCUGUAAAAAUGAUUUUCUUUGUACCGUGUCUCUCCCCCCCUCCCACUCCCCACCCCCCUUCACUUACUACAGGACAUUUGCAAGAGACACAUGUCUGCAUUUUGGCUCCCCCAAAAUUCCUUGCAUGCUGAUCUUGUAAAUCCAUCCAGAAACUGGCCAGGAUCUCUGAUUGAUUGAUGUUGUAAUAAUAUGCUGACAGACUCUCUCCUCAGUAGAGGCCUGUUUGUGGUGUAGGGAGGUUGGAGAGAGAAAAUGCCAACAUGUAGCAGCACCACGAAACACUUAUUUCCUAGCUAAGGAUAUUAUAAUUAUAUAUCUACUGUACAAGAGAUUUCAGUUUUGCUGCUGUGAAAUUCGCAUCAGAACUCAAAAUACAUACCACAACUGUAAUUAAGAAAAAUAGAAACCCUUACAAAUUUAUAUGAUCUAGAACAUCAUGACUACUGUAAUAAAUACUAAUCAAUAAUUUUAAUUAUUGAUAAUGAUUAAUAAAAUAAGUAAUUUUUAAUGGCAUCUCAUUCAGUAUGGAAUCUUUGAGACCAGGAUGUAGAUGUCUGUCUCCAAAAACAACCCCUUUCAAUGAGGUGACUCUAUCUACAAGCCAUGGCUGUUUUAAAUUUAAUCAUUAACAACAAGUUGAACCAUUUUAUUUUGCAGCUGAAGGAUGAUCAGAAGGCCAAGGUAGAUGAGUUCUUCAAGAAUUGCUAUUACGUGAAAGGUCCUUACGAUGAAGAAUCAGGUUAUAAGAAACUGAAUGCAGAGCUUGAAAAGCUUGGUGAAGGGAAGACUGUUGUUAACAGACUGUUCUACCUUGCUCUUCCUCCAUCUGUAUUCAUAGAUGCAUCAGAGAAUAUCAAAAACAAUUGCAUGGGGACAAAGUACGUAACCUGAUAGCAAACACAAAAGAUUGAAAUCAGAAAAGAAUGAAAACUUUUUGGAGAACUUGUAGUGGUAUUAUUAUUUUUUUUUUGCAGAGGGGGGCGCGGGGGAAGGAAUUGGAGGCAUAUUCAAGGAAAUAUGCCAAAAGUUCCUGGGUUAUCCUGGUUGGUUAUACAACUGGUCUCUCCCCUACAAGUCACCAAACGUUUCUAGUAAAAUUGACUCUGGCAGGGUAGACCUGCAAGCUAUUCUAAAAUCCUGGCAGAUGGUUGUUGACAUUAAUUUAUGCCAGGAGUUUUUGCCAGUAUUUUUUCUGUAUCUUUCACCAGUUACAGCAAGUGUUUAAUUAGAUGAUAUACAGUGUAGUCAGCCACAUUUGAACUCCACAACAAAAAUAGUCUGUUUAAUGCUUUAAGAAAUCAAGACAAUUAAAAAGAAAAGUUACCACGAAAUAUAAAAAUCGAUCUGCUGUUGUGUUUAUAAUCUUCAUUUUCUAGUUUUCCUAUAACUUUUUAAAAUUUAAAUAUACAAUGGCUAAUUCUGUAUAAUAACCCACCUUGAAUAGGCCUAAUUUGUAGGUUUUGUAUUGUAUAUAUUUUUUUAAUUAAGAUCUGGGAAUUGAUAAAGACAAGUCUGGCAUCUCUGUUUAAAUACAUAGCUUUGAGCACCACUGAUAUUUUUAUUUGGAUCCUUACUUUUCAGGGGGUGGAACAGAGUGGUCAUAGAGAAGCCAUUUGGCAAAGACUCGGACAGCUCUGCAGAAUUGUCCAAUCAUCUGGCAUCACUGUUUCCCGAAAACUCAAUGUACCGUAUUGAUCACUACCUAGGCAAGGAAAUGGUGCAAAAUCUGAUGGUGUUACGGUGAGACUUAUGUUUUGGCUCAACGCUGGCUUUUUAAUUUAUUUGCAGAAAACAUUAUUAAGGUUAUUAUUAUUUAUUGAUAUAAACCUAAGGAAUUUUGAUCAAAAGAAUCCAGCUUUACAAAGUUAAGCUUGGGUUCAGGCAAUAAUUUAUUAACUUUUGAUUUUUGAUUCCAGGCCCCGGUUGUUCAAACGUUGGAUAGCGCUAUCCAUCGAAUAAAUCACUAUCCAGCGAAUAAGUAUUGGGGAGACUAAUUGCACUAUCCACUGGAUAGAGAUUUAUCCACCGGAUAGCGCUAUCCACCUUUUGAACAACUGGGGCCAGGACAUUACACAUCACACCCGCUUAUAAGUAGCAUGCAUGGUAAAAAGAUUUGAAAUUUAGCCCAAGAAAUUUGUUGGGAUUGAAUUGAGUUUUGUUUGGUGGCUAACUGGUUAACACAAAACUUAGUUCUGUCUGUCCAGGGACAACCCUGACAUGGUGUUUUUUCUUCAGACAAGACAGUUUGCUCCACUACACUGCACCAGUACAGGUGUGUUUGUCUCUCCUAUGGGUACAGUCAACUCUGUUUAUAGCGGACACUGUAGGGCCGCGAGUUAGAGUCCUCAUUAGCAAGAGUCUGUAAUAGCGGGAGUUUAUUUCAGUCAAACGCCUGUAAUUAAUUUUAUUCUUGCCUGGGACUUAGCUGCUGUCCAUAUUAUCAGGGUGUCUGCAGAGUUGACUGUACCAGCAACUUACUGCUGGGUGUAGCUAAACUCCCUUCCACCCCUGAGGGUUCUGUCCCAUAUAAACAUGAUGGAGACGCUUGCUGGAAAAUUAGAAUUAAACCCCUAGAGAAAACCAAUCUGGGCAUGGUACAGGUUUUAAAGGAGACCCAUCUCAACCCACAGCACUUUUUUUAUAGAGAUAUUUUAUUACUCACAACCCAAAGCGAUACGUUUUUAAUAUUGGCUUUCUGUCCUUCCUUGAGUGUAAAACCCUAAGUGGAGACCAAAAUUUGCAAAUUCUACGCCUAAGUGAGACAAGGAGCAUCCCCAUCAAUUUUAUAUGGGAAUCUCCCUCGGGGGUAGUCCCAUCCAGUGGGGGGUGGGGUGGAAGUAGCAGUACUUCUAUAGUACUUCAUGCUUCAGAAACUGGUGAAGCUCGGGAAGAAGUCUUUUGUGUGUGUUUGUGUAUCCACCUACCAUGAGAAAAUUUACAGUUUGAAAUGAAAAUCCAUGAAAAUCCUGUGAAUAUAUUCAUGGUAUUUUUUUAAUACGUAAACAUAUUGUUCAGUAACUGUUCAGUAUUUUCAUAAAGUAUUGUUUUGGUCUCAACAGGUUUGGGAACCGUAUCUUUGGUCCAGUGUGGUGUAGAGAAAGCAUCAAAAGUGUUAUAAUAACCUUUAAAGAACCAAUAGGUACUUAUGGAAGGGGUGGCUACUUUGAUGAGUAUGGAAUUAUCAGGUAUGGUAUCUAGCCUUACUGAUCCAGACAUUAACCUUCUAUGGAGCUCUGAGAAAAGGAAAAUUAUUACAAUGAUUGUAUGCUGAUGAAAAAAAAAUUAAAUCAUGAUUAUUUUCAGAAAGCCUGUGACUAAAAUUCCCAAACGAAUAUUCAGAGACUUCAACAGAAUUGACUUCUUUGGUCUCACUCUCCAGUUGAGGAACAGACCCACUUUUUUAAAUUUUUUUUUUUUUUUUUGGAGCAGCACCAUGAGUGCAUAAGUGUACUGUCUUUUUAAAUGUGAAAUCUUGUUUGAUUUGCCCUUAUUUAAUUAUCAUUAUCAUUAUUAUUAUUAUUACUUUUUUUUGUCAUGGAGGGGAGGCAGAGAUAAGAUUCUUAGGGCACUUUCCAGGCUGCAAAGAAAAUCAUUCUUUUACAGCUUGCCAUUCGGGCAUGCUGAAGCUAGCAUUUACUAGCCCAGACAUCAUUUCAACUAGCGCCGAAAACUUUUUGACUAGCAGAAUUGAUUCCACAGUUCUUCUGUUAUUCGAGUUCCUCAAAAAACAUCACUUGCCCGUCGGGGAAGUUAAAAACAGAAUUCACUAGCCUGAUAGCAAAAUCCACUAGCCCCAGACUAUCAGACACUUCUUUCUUUACACGGUGCUUUCCAUUUGUCAGAACUGACCGGCCAGACCAUUCCCUUAGUAAUGAGAAUUUCACUUUUGAUCAAAACUAUCCAACCAGAUCAUUCAAAUCCUAAAUACUAUGCACAAAGGAGAUGGUUUUUCAGCAAAAUUUCUUGGGAAAAGCCUACUUCAUUGUCAAAAUGACUGCUCCAGUCAUGGUCCGGCCGGCCGGUUUUGACCUAUUAAUUUUGUAAAGCGCCCUUAGUUUCCUUUCCUAUUGUUACCAUCUCUCUUGCCUUUCCUAAUCCUUUUCUCCUACCCCACCCAGGUUUCCAACAACUCCUCUCACUCCAUGCUGUCUUCAAGUCUUGUUUUCCUAUUUCACUGUAUUGUAUGGAUGUAUCUGUAAGCUGUAGUUAAUUUUUUAUCCCUCAUAAUGUUUGUUUUUCUUUUGUUCUUGGGUAUGGUAAUGUAUGCUUAUGAAGUUGAAACAAAUGAAAAACAAAAAUUACCUGGGAUAAAAAAUUAACUACUGACAACAUAUCAUAAAUUAAUACAGAGAAACCUUCCCUACUCCCCUAUGAUCUGUUAUACUCACACCUCUUUAUUAAUAUAAUUAUUAGUAUAAUGUAGGCCCUAGUUAGGAAACCAAUCCUCAUACAUCCCUAACUCUUUGGUACAUACACCUCUUUAAUGCAGGAAAUCAGGUUUGCCCUGUAAAUAAUUAUAAUUAUAAUAAUCUCUAUUACAGACAGUGAUGCAGGUCCUAAGAAUACAAAACUUCACACGUUCCCUACCUCGGAGAUCAUUGUUUCUGGGGGACUGCCCACCUACCCCUCCCCUAAGCCAACAUUAACACUUACUUCUCACUCUAUAGUUCCAAAUGUUGGCUAAGGGGAGGGGUAGGUGGGCAGAACUGUACAAUGAUCAUCUACUUCCAUAGUACAGACACCUUAAAUUUUGUAAUGUGGACAACUGGGUCUGUCCCUUCCGUGUCCGCAUUAAUAAUUAUUGUAAGGGGGUUUGACUGUUCUACUCUCUCCCAAACUCUUAUUUUCCACAGUGUGUUUAAUUUGGUUUAUGUUGUUUUAGGGAUGUGAUGCAGAAUCAUCUCCUUCAGGUUCUUUGUCUGGUUGCCAUGGAGAAACCUGCCAGCAAAGGAGCAGAAGAUCUCCGUAAUGAAAAGGUACAGCACUGUCACAUUGCCACUGAUAACAAUUUUAAAAAAAUUGUGUCAGUUAAUAAAAAUGCCUAAGAAUAGCUUAAAAUUUCUGCCUGGCAUGAGAAAUUGGUCUGAAAGCGUGAGCUGGGGCCAGAGCAAAGUUGUGGAUCUACAGACAUGAGACUGCUACAUGUACAUGUAGCUCAUUCUCAGGCUCUUUUCCUACACAUCCAGAGGACCCUGGGAAGGAGAUAAAUAAAUUAAAGGCUGUAGACCAAAGAAAGAUCAAGAGUUAACAGUCCACUGUUAAAAUUGAUCAUUAUCAUUAUAUUAAUUUCAGGUGAAAGUCCUUAAAAGUAUUGCACCAAUUGAAUUAAAAACUACAGUCCUUGGACAGUAUGUUGGGAACCCUGAAGCAAAAGAUGAAGGAAAGUAUGGUUACCUUGACGAUCCAAGUGUACCUAAAGGUUCUAUCACGCCAACGUUUGCCACCUCUGUGUUUUACAUACGCAAUGAAAGAUGGGACGGUAAGUAUUUGACCUACCAGGCACUCUUUCUUGUUCCUCAUAGCAGCAAUGUUGGUUGACUAAAACUAAUAAGCCUUUCCCUCUGGCAGGAACGUUUUUUCAUGCUAAACAUCCUGCAAAAAUAAUCAUCUUGUUCUGAUAAUAAUAACCAACAUGCAUGGCAGCUUGUCACAUGGUUAUGAUUAUUUAAAGCCUGCCUGAAAUAAUUAAACCCCCCAACUUGUACCAAGCAGAAUUUUGGGUUCCAGUUUGUUAUUGUGCAAGCAGAGUGUGGAAUCAUGGCACUUGUAUAACUACAUAUGAGGCACUGGAGAAGAACAAAUCGAUAUUUUUUAACGGGGAGGGGGUGGGGGUGCUUAUGGGUCAGGUCAGAGAAGUGCUUGUACAGUGUAAUGCUACUGUACAUUAAACCAUCUUUCAGAUCAGUCGGACUGUUAAUAAACCUCUUUGUCUUUACACAGGUGUGCCAUUCAUCCUCAAGUGUGGCAAAGGUAUUGUUUCUAUUGUAUUAAAAUAUUUUCCUUGACACUCAUCUUGAUUUACUGGUCUGCUUUUUAGCGUGUUGGUACAGGCAACUUCCUUUAUAGUCUUAGUGUCCUUGGUAGCAAGAGGACAUAUAAUAAUUAUAAUAAAUAAUAAAUAAACAGGGUUGUCAAAAGUAGCCAGCUACUGGCGAAAAUCGCCGCCUACUUGGUUAGUAUCAGCCAGCUACUCCGCUUAGCAUUUCUUUACGGGUGACGUUUUUGAAAUAAAAUAUCCCUGGACUGGCUGCUUACUUUGACAACUCAGCCGUCUACUUCAAAACUUUCUGACAACCCUGAAUAAUUAUAAUAAAACACAAAUUGCGGUAGCUUAGAGACAAUCUGGUAAAAAUAUGUAUAAGCAGCCACUUUUUAUUUCAAUAUUACUGUUUUCUGUAGCACUCAAUGAACGCAAGGUUGAGGUGCGCAUUCAAUUUACUGAUCCCCCUGGAGAUAUCUUUGAAGGAAGAUGCAAACGUAAUGAGUUGGUUGUCAGGCUUCAACCAAAUGAGGUAAGUUUUUUAAGUUUAUUGUUUUUAAAAGUGGCCACUCUUACCCUCAAAAAAUAUUUUCCUACCUCCCGGCUGGGCAUUUGGGUUGAUAUACUGUAAAGGCACUUCUCUGUGAUGCCAUGGUAAUGCAAAGAAAAAACAUAUUAUCACAUGAAACUUCUCAGGGGAAGAAUUCUAAGCGUUGUCAACUUUUUGUCUGUUAUUGUUUUUUUACUAUUUACAAUAAUUAUUUAUUUGAAACCUGUUUUAACUUUAAUAUUGAUGUCUUUUAUUUUAUUAACGCUCCACAAAUUUUGUCUGGCUCAAUUCUAAGUCCCAAGAAUGACCAAUGUCAAUUUUCUCCGAACAAUAUCAGUAUAUAAUGAAGGAAAAAGGUUAUGAGAAUUGAUAAAAUGAUCACCAAAAGGGAAAAGCUUUGAUCUUUCUGCACUUUCUCGCAACUAAUUCUUUAAAAAAUAUUCAGAUCAGUUUGGAGAAUUUGUAUGUGGAUAUUGGGGCUUAAAGGGUUAGAUGAGGGGUGAGCUGUACUCUUAGCCGGGGAGUUGGGAAGAAUCCAGCAGAGCUUCGAGACACCCACAGCUGCAGACCAAGUCUAAUGGUUCUACAUGUACAUAUAUGAUUGAUUUAAAUUGAAUAGCAAAGGCUGUGCUCUGGCAGCUCAUGUUAGUCCACAGCACCUUACCUUUACUUUGCUCUUGGACAGCAAGUUUUUGUCAUGAAAAUCAUACUGUAUGCUGGGAAUCCUUGGAUUUCCCAAGUUAUUAGCCCUGGUCACCCUUAUUUUUUUAGAGCCUGGACAAUAUUUUCAAAUGCGUAAUUUGUUACCCCUUUAAAAAUUUUUCAGGCUAUUUAUGUGAAGAUGAUGAUCAAGGAGGCAGGAAUGUCUUUUGAACCCCAUGAAUCAGAGCUGGACUUAACUUAUUCUGAAAGAUACAAGGUAGUGAAAACUCUGUUACACAGCUCUACAUAUAUACCUGCGAACCCCCAGAGACCAAAAAUUUGGAGACGUCUAGAAAUCUUUUGCAUUGUAAGAAUGUCAUUUUUGACAAUGUCUGAAUUAUACUCUCCGAAAAUCACCCGAAGAACAUCCAGAUGUUUCCGACAUUGAUAACAGCAUGAGAAAACUGCACCAGCUUUCUACCAUGUAUUGUUGUUCUUGUUAAGUUACCAGUAAAAUGUUUGUGCAUUUCUCUUUUUCCAACUUUUCAGUCUAAAAAUGUCCUGGGGAGGGAAUUAUGCCAGCUUUUGUGGAAUAAUGAGCACCUUAAUUCUAAAAUGGACAUCUAAGGAAGCAAAGGUGUUAUUAGACAUUGCGUGGUAUUUUAAAAACAAUUAUUUCACAAGUGCGUGUUGGAUAUGAGAUGAUACAUUAAGCCAACGAGGUGUGUAGCUCCAACAAACGCAAGUGAAAUAAUAAUGUUUUAUUAAAAACGCCCACAAAAUAUCAAGAAUUCUUCCCGACUUUAUUUGUAAAAACAACCAAUUUUCAGCUUGUUUUUAAUUUUGAGUGGACGCAUACAGUUAUCAUAUUUCGAGAGCAUGGUACAAUGGCUCAAAUAUCGUGAUAGCUAAGCCAAUUAACAGAGCUCUAGAAUUGCAUUAUCCAGUGAUUCAGUUUUAAUUUAUUUUAUUUUUUCUGGCUAUUUUGACAUUUUUUUUCUUUGACUACAGCAUGUGAAGAUGCCAGAUGCGUAUGAACGACUCAUUAUGGAUGUUAUUUCUGGAAACCAGAGUCAUUUCGUCAGAAGGUGAUUAUUCUUGUCAACUUAUUUUUUUUGCCCAGGGAUAUACCAGAGCUGUUUUUCAUGGAUAUGGGCUCACUGGGAAGCCAUAAUUUGGUAUUUUGGCAAGCAAAAUCUGCUUCCAGUCCCCUUCCUAUACCUGGGGUAGUUUAUUUUCCAGCCUAGACCUUGCUUUAUACCAAAUCAGCCAAAAUGCAAGGUUGUGACUUAACUGUAAACCGGGACAAAUCAGUGAUUUUCAACAUUAGGGUCGUUUAAACGAGAAAAAAUAAGACCAAUCUUACAAAGGAUGUGUCCUGAAUAAGACUCAAAUCCUGUAUAAACGGCACAUUUCAUUUGAAAUUUAGCAGCCCGUAACACCUGUCCUUCAAUAAGACGUGUCUUUCCUCAGUCGCAUCUUUACGUGCCAUUUAUAUGGGAUAGUUUGUGUCUUAUUUAGGAUGCAUCUAAUAAAAGACACGUCUUAUUUUUCGUCAGAUAAAUGGCCUUAUUGUCACCAGCUCAGCAUGUUGUUCAUUUUCUGGCUUUUGUGUCUCUCACAAAAAAAACAGUUCAUCGGAGCAAAAAUCACCAAUUAUAGUGUAUAAUUUGUAUUUUGUACACUACAUUAUAUUGCAUGUCUAGAGUAGAUAAAUUAUGUUGAAAUCUAAGUACUGUGUAUGUACACGACCUUAACACUUACAUUUUUGCUGUUUUCAUAGUGAUGAACUUGCUGAGGCUUGGAGGAUUUUUACUCCUCUUUUGCACAAGAUUGAAAGGGAAAAGAUCAAGCCAAUUCCUUAUAAAUUUGGAAGGUAGAGUUUCAUGUUUAUGUUCUUGACCUAAAUCUCCUUGCUUUACAUGUCUGUUCAUGUAACUCCCAUUUAUGCUGAUUGACAUCUGAUGGUCUGAGUUAAAUGGACCAAUAGUGUGCGCAGUGACAAACGAGGUACCUGUAAUGUGUGAACACACUGAUUUGUGCCUGUACCCUGCUACAAGAGCUUGGAUAUCUCAUGUGAACUUAGCAUCCUAAGUUAUCAAACAGAUAAUUUUUCCAUCACAUACCUCUCGUAAUGCUGUGAAAGGUUUGAACCCGGGAGUCAUUUUAUGAGCAGGUUGAGUAUGAUCAUGCAGGUGACCGUCGUCCUGAAUAGGACUGUUGUUGUUGACAGUGACUGACAUUUUGAACAACCUGUGCGUUAGUCAUCUUCAGAGUCAAAGUAAAUUGUAUCAUGUCGGUUGAUGGUAUUAAACCUGGUUAUUGGUCUGAUUGGUCAACUACGUUGCGAUGUUAUUGUUUUUCUUUCUUUCCUUUCAGUCGAGGUCCUGCUGAGUCAGAUACCCUGAUCAAGGAUAGUGGGUUUCUUUACAGUGAUACUUACAAAUGGGAGAAGAAACCAACAAAAUAGAUAUGAUCCUCUUGGACUGUAGGUAAGUACACUUAAAAUCAACAGUUAUUGAUAAUAACAGGGCUUUCAAAACAAGCCGGCAACUGGUGGAGUUCCACCGGCUACUUGAUUGUGUGUUGCUGGCUACUCUGGUCAUUUAUAACAAUCAGCUCAUGACAAACAAUCUUGAUGCCACAGCCACCUACUUUUCCACAGUUGGCCACCUACUUCAAAACAUUUUGAAACCCCUGUUUAAUAAUGAUUUAAUUAACAGACAUCCUUCCAGCAGUACCAUUAUGGUGCUGCUUCAAACAAUUAACUCGUACAUGCCAACUCUCCUGGAUUAUCCAGGAGUCUUCCGGAUACAGCACCGACCUCCUGCUCCCCCGUACGGGUCACCAAAUCUCCCAGAUAAAAAUCAAUCGUCUUUUGAGAUUUUCUGUGCUUUAGUUUGAGAUUUAGGCCAUUUUAUUUCUCAAAAUUUGAAUUUUUCUUAUUCGUAGUACAGUUAAACGCUUCUGGGGCAUUUUUACCCAUAUUUAGUCACUGACAAUGAUUAUUUCGGCAUUAAAACGAUGGUCGCAAAGUUUGAUAGUAUUUACCUCAUGUAAGACUUCAUUAUAAUGUCUUGAGCCAUUCCCAUUGGGGCUGGGCCAAUUUGUCCUUGUGGGGGGGUGGGGGGGCCUCCGUUGAAAUCCGGGAGGUGGGGUAGUGAAAAAAAGAUAGUCUCCAGAUUUUAGGUCUCCAGAGGUUGGCAUCUCUGUUAACUCUCUCAUUUCUUUGCUGGCUUUCAUACCAUUAGGGACUGAGUUUGAGUAUACAUGCAUUGUGUUAUGGAAUUUAGUUGCACAAGACUUUCCUAGUCUAAAACCGGAACAAAAAAAAACUUCACAAAAGCCCCAGGUUUGGUGUUUACAAAGGCUAUUACUGCAAAAAAAUGAAUACAGCCAUUCAAGUGUCAAGCAGUCCAUACCAUUUUCUGAAUCAUAAUCUAGAGGUAUCAUUCCAUUUUCACUUGACAUUUCUACUACUAAAAAUAAUAGUAUGAUUAAAAAGUUUACUCUACAGUAAAAAUCUUUUCUUCCUUAUUUCUGGUUAGUUGCUCCAAACUCUUGAUAACUCGAAACUUGAACUUUUUGUGAUUUCCCUUGAAGGCUGGAGUUAUCGGGAGUUGACUGUACCAACUCACACCCAAUCCCCCACAAUUUGAAAGCCAGCAAUGGACGCCAUUCUGUUGUACCUUGUAACCUUCCUUCCCGUGGAUUAAUAAUUACUCGAUUAAUUUUGGUCAUCAAUGUAAAAACCUAACUAAAGGCUUUUCGGCACCUGUAUUAGGCAUAAUAAUAGUUAUUAUUAUACAUUGUAUGCAUUAUCUGUCUUCUCAUUGGCUAAGAGGGUACAGAUAAUUUUGGAAAUCAGCGCAACCUACAGAUUAGUUAGUUACAUGUGUCUGCUAUGAAAUAAGUGACUAAUCUGUAGGUUGUGUGCACAAUGCAUGAUUUCCGAUUUUUCUUCAAUUAACAAUGUAUAUUUGUCUCAGUACAUGUUAUCAGCCCCAGCCUUCAGCCUGACUGAUAACGCUUACCUUGUUUUUGAUUAUUCCAGAUAUAACAAAAACUUAAUCCAAUGAUAAUGUUUAUUAUUUCAUGCUCUGGUUUAUAGUUACCUUUUUAACGGAAAGUACAUUUCUUUUUUAACAGACUUGUGACUAAUAAUCUCCUCACUCUGUACCUGUGUCAAUAACCUCUGGAUGAAUUUUUUCAAAACAAAGAAGUAUGUUUCUUCAACAAUCUGCCUCUUAGACGUUUUGCCUAGAUGAAUAUUUUCUUUGAAUUACACAUCAAGUGCAUGCACAUUUUUUAACAAGGUAGCUGCAGGAAUCUAGCAUUACUAACUUAUAUAAAUGCUUUUGUAGUUAUAAGUAGUAUGUUUUUUGUUGCAAAUCCAUGAACACUUGAAAUGUCAGGAAUGUUUUUCGUGGUAGAACCAAUCAGAGAAGCUAGUGUACACGGUUUACAGUGUUUGAUGUGAAACGUAAUCUUUAGGUGAUAGUUAUUUUUUUAUGUUUUAGUCUUGCAUGUUAAAAAUGAAAAUAGGAAAAUACUGAUAAGAAUUAAUAUUAUUAACAAAAUCAUUGUCAAUUGGACAGUUAUAAACAAUGUAGGGACCUUUUUGUUUAAAGUAUAAGGGGGUAGAAAUUAAAGGAGCUGUCACACAUUACGUAAUUUCCAAGUUCAAACCUGACAGGUUUUUUUUUAAGUUUAUCAAAAUGGUUUUAUGCGUUGUUCGUAAGUAUGAUACUUGUGAGAUGUUAACUCAUUAUUUUUAAUGAAGAUGUCACUUUGUCUGUUAAAAGGAAUUUUUUUAUUAUUGUUAAGUUUCAUGAUGAGAAACUGGCAGAAUGAGAAAAAUGGAUUACACUGCAGUGACAGUGCCUUGAAAUCCCAAAAUCUCAUGUAUUUUUAUUAAAAUCAGUGAGGCCUUAUUAGGAAUUAUUAUAAGUUAAAACUUAAAGACAGUCAAAAGCAAACGUAAUACCCACCUUCAGAACAUUUUUUUGGAGGAUGAUGUGUAAUAGUAUUAAAAGGUGUAGUAAGACUAUG